AUUACACAAUUCCACAAGAAUUUCAGAGAGAAAUCCUCCAUUAUACUCUUUUUCCAAUUUCCCAUGGCCGUAACUAAAACCGUUAUGAAACUUGAUAUUGCAUGCCAAAAAUGCAAAACCAAAGUUCUUAAAGCCGUUACCGCCAUUGAAGGUGUCGACAAGGUCGAGACAGAUGAAGCUAAGGGAACUUUGGCUGUGAUCGGCACGGCAGAUCCAUUUGAGAUAGUUAAACGUACAAGAAAGGCGAUUGCUUGUGCUGGCAAGGUCGCCGAUGUAGUGAGCAUUGGACCGCCACCCAAACCAGACGAGAAAAAACCGGAGGAGAAAAAACAGGAGGAGAAGAAACCAGUAGACAAGAAACCCGACCCGCCUCCUUGCCCAUGUCCACCCUACCCCUGCCCACCUUAUUAUGGAUCGUCCUAUGUGAUCGUACCCCAUGAAACUUAUCCUUCUUGCUCUAUUCUUUACAAAACUCCCCGAGUUUUCUGUAUCGCGACGGCCGAUACUAAGCUUGACGAGCUCCGAUUCAUUUCCCAUUCCGUUCGAUGCAACCUCAAUUCCUUCUCUACUGCUUCUUCUUCUUUCAAGGUUGAAGUGACGAUUGUUGAUGUUUCUACCAGUAAUCAGAAAGGGAUCGAGAGUUUGGAUGAUUUUUUCUUCGUGUCGAGGGAGGAAGUCCUCUCUUGCUCUAAUCUCACUGGAAAUCAUCUUCCCGAUGAUCGAGGAAAAGCAAUUUCGAUAAUGAGUAAAGCACUUGAAUCUUAUCUUAGUAAAGCCAAGGAGGAUGGGAUUAUUGCUGGAGUUAUAGGACUUGGAGGCAGUGGAGGGACGUCUCUCAUAUCCUCUGCGUUACAAUCUCUUCAAAUUGGCAUACCUAAGCUUAUCGUCUCGACGGUUGCGAGUGGUCAGACAGAAUCUUAUAUCGGGACAUCUGAUGUGAUACUUUUCCCGUCCAUAGUGGAUGUGUGUGGGAUUAAUUGUGUCAGUAGGGUUAUUUUAUCCAAUGCUGGUGCUGCAUUUGCUGGAAUGGUGGUUGGACGACUUGGGACGCUGAAAGAUUCUUGUGAUUCCAAUGAAAAACCAACAGUGGGUUUAACGAUGUUUGGGGUUACGACUCCCUGUGUCAAUGCUGUUAAAGAACGAUUGCUUAAAGAGGGAUACGAAACCCUUGUUUUUCAUGCUACUGGGGUUGGAGGGAAAGCAAUGGAAUCGCUGGUCAGAGAGGGAUUUAUACAGGGUGUCUUGGACAUCACAACCACAGAGGUCGCUGACUAUUUAAUAGGAGGUGUCAUGGCUUGUGACAGUACCCGCUUUGAUGCCAUUAUAGAGAAGAAGAUCCCAUUAGUUCUAAGUGUGGGAGCAGUGGAUAUGGUGAACUUUGGAUCCAAAGAUACAAUACCCUCAAAUUUUCACGGAAGGAAUAUAUAUGAACAUAAUAAACAGGUUUCUCUCAUGCGAACUACGGUGGAAGAGAACAGAAAAAUUGCUCAUUUUAUAGCUGAUAAGAUCAACAAUUCAUCGGCAAAGGUUCGUGUUUGCCUGCCACAGAAUGGCGUAUCUGCUCUGGAUGCACAAGGGAAGUCAUUUUAUGAUCCUGAGGCUACUGCUACUCUUAUAGAGGAACUACAGCGAGCUAUUCAGUUAAAUAAUGAUAGGCAGGUGAAGGUAUAUCCUUAUCAUAUUAAUGAUCCUGAGUUCGCUGAGGUAUUGGUUAACUCAUUCUUGGAAAUUACUUCAAAAGAUACGGACUCAUGUGGCCCAAAACUUGUUUUAGCUGAAACUAGUCGAGACCUUCGAAAGGACUUCAUUUCUGAGUCCAAUUUGUCUGCCAAUGAAAACAUUACAUACAGUCUUAGUGACUUCCCAGAGGCAAGACCAGAAACUUUGCGAAGAACACGAAUGAUAUUGGGGAACUUGAAAGCUCAAAUACUUAAAGGAGUUCCCAUAAUAGGGGCUGGUGCAGGCACUGGGAUAUCUGCCAAGUUUGAAGAAGUUGGUGGUGUUGAUCUGAUAGUAGUGUACAAUUCAGGGCGGUUUCGCAUGGCUGGGAGGGGUUCUUUAGCAGGUUUGCUGCCUUUUGCCGAUGCUAAUGCCAUAGUGCUUGAAAUGGCCAAUGAAGUAUUGCCUGUGGUGAAGACAGUUCCCGUGCUUGCUGGAGUAUGUGCUUCUGAUCCAUUUCGUCGAAUGGAUUACAUUCUAAAGCAGGUGGAGUCAAUUGGAUUCUCUGGAGUGCAGAAUUUUCCUACCGUUGGAUUGUUUGAUGGUAACUUCAGACAAAACCUUGAAGAAACAGGAAUGGGAUAUGGAUUGGAGGUCAAGAUGAUUGAGAGGGCCCACAAAAUGGGUCUCUUGACAACCCCAUAUGCCUUUAACGAAGAUGAAGCCUUAGACAUGGCAAAGGCCGGUGCAGACAUUAUAGUUGCCCAUAUGGGACUCACUACCUCUGGAUCUAUCGGAGCCAAAACUGCACUCUCAAUGGAGGAAAGUGUAGUCCGUGUACAGGCAAUAGCAGAUGCUGCUCGUAGGAUCAAUUCUAAUGUUUUAGUGCUCUGCCAUGGAGGUCCUAUAUCGGGGCCUGCUGAAGCAGCAUUCAUUCUGAAGAGAACGAAGGGAGUUCAUGGAUUCUAUGGUGCAUCCAGCAUAGAGAGGCUACCGGUAGAACAAGCAAUAACUAGCACUGUCCAACAGUACAAAUCGAUUUCAAUGACAUAAAUUUUUGAAGUGUAGCCCUUUAUGAGCUUCAUACUUGGUAUGUAUAUUUCACUAAUAACCAGACCAACAAAAUUACUAAACCUGAAAAGUUCAAUAUCCUAUAUUAUCAAUACAUUAUUGAUAGACGUAAAAGUUGUUUGAUAUUUGAUACACAAUUAAUUAAUAUGUGUGAUCAUUCUCAAAAAAUUGUUUGAUAUGUAAUGAUAUAUACAUACAAUCCUUAGAUUUUAUAAACGUACAAAUAAAAUCAUUGAGAUCAUACUAGCUA